AUGUUGGAGAAACUGCUGCCCGAGGCUGCUACCUUCGCUGAAUACCUCUACGGGUAUGUGAAGUGUGUCCCGGUGUUGUCUGAAGAGCAGAAAGGAGACUUUGCUCAGCUGGAGCUGGUGAUGACUAAAGAGUUCAUCUCUCAACAACUCAUCCACCUCACCGCUGAAGCGUGUGGUGGCUGUGUUACAGGAGAUGCUGGUCCUACCUCAGACUCCUCCUCUCUGGUCUCUCUGCUGACAGAGAAACUACUGACCCUGAUACCUGACGACCACAGACGCAUUCAGACCGUGGCGGAGGUGAUCUCGGAGGUGCGUGAGCCCAUCGUCGUCAGACAGCCGCUGGAUGAGAACGAGAACCGCAGGAAACAAGUUAAGCUAGCGGAGGUGAAAGUUGGUAUCCUAGAAGCUAAACAGGCCUUAGAGGAGUGUAUCAGUAACCAGGAGUUCAACAGAGCAGCGGAGCUGAAGGACUCUAUAACUGACCUGGAGAACCUGAGGAACAACAUCCUGCAGGAGGAGACACCGCAGGAGGACAAGGAGACAGAGACACGCAUGGAGAAGACGGACCCAGAGACCCUCCUGCGCUGUCUGACCAUGUGUGUUGAGCUGUUGAAACAGAUGAACAUCAAGACGAGGAUCGGUCCGACCAUGUCAGCUCUCCUCUCCUCUCUG